GUUUCAUCGCACUUUUAACACCAAUUUUCGCGAAUUUGUAGUAAAUUUUGCCGUAUAAAAUAGUGGAAAAUACCAACUAAAAAAUCCUGGAAAACACCUCGUAGCUGUUUUUUGUACGAAAAACGUAGCGUAGUCAUUUAAGGAAAUUUUUUCGAUUUAAUUGACUGAAUUCAGGGAAUAAAAAAAAAUGAGCUCCUCCUUAGAAAAAAUUAAGAAAGACUUUCCCCUGCACCUUGCCGUAUUCAAUAAUGAUGCCAAAGAGCUCGAAACCUUGCUGCAGCAAGGCAAGCACGACAUCAAUGCAAAGGACAGCCGAGGCCGAUCUCCUUUAUUCUUAGCAGUAACCUUGCAGCAUUUAAACUGUGUCAAAACACUAUUAGCGAAUAAGUGCAAUGUAGAAGGCGAGUUCGAUGGAUGGAGUAUUGUGCAGGAGUCCGUUUGUACGGGAGAUCCGGAAAUUUUGACGACCGUUUUGGAAGUUAGGGAUCUUCAGAGACACAUUCAACGAGUGACGGCGAUAAAUACGUUGCUGCAGUCCUUGAAAGACACGCCAGACUUUUAUGUGGAAAUGAAAUGGGAGUUUUCGAGUUGGAUUCCUUUGAUGUCGCGCGUUGCUCCGAGUGACACCUACAAAGUCUACAAAAGUGGGUCUCGUGUGCGGAUUGACACAACCUUGUUGGGUUUCGACAACACAAGUUGGAAACGCGGCAAUCGUUCGUACAUUUUCACGGGAGACAAGGAUUGCGCGACGUUUAUUGAGAUCGAUCGUGACUUGGAGGAAUACUCCAUUGAGCAAUUACGUGGCGUCGAUGAGGAAAUUCACGGCAUUGCGCCGUCAAAAGAAAGUAUUCAGUUCCGUCUCUCGAGUCCUGUGGUCAAUACCGCCGUGGAUUUCGAAAACAUCAGCUUCGAACGCAAUAAAUCGGGGCUUUGGGGAUGGAUGCGAAGCGGCGACAAAGUUGAAACCAUCAACGGGUACGAAUGCAAAGUAUUUUCCGCCGACAAUAUCAAUUUUGUCACGCGCACUCGCAUGGAUCACUUGGAUGAGGAAGCGUCUCGCACACGCAAUUCACGAACUCCGCUCGGUUUCGUGCUCGGAAUCUCGGAAAAUCCGUCGCCAACGACGGAAGAACAACCACAAAACCUCGCACCAGCUUCGCCCAUCCAUCAAAGCAGCAACGAGCAACCCGUGAAGGCGGAAGAGUACUUUUCGGAUGCGGAUUUGGGCGAUCGCGAUAUCGGGCGCCCCAAGAAAAUCACGACAAAAGUGCAAAAAUUCAAGGCAAACUUGUGGCUGAGCGACACGUUCCCCAUUAACUUACAAAGUCAGGUAUUGCCAAUUUUGAAUUUGAUGUCAAACGUUGCCUCGCCGCACGUCAAUAAGCUUAAGGACUUUAUUACGAUGCAAUUGCCAGCCGGGUUUCCGGUAAAAAUUGAAAUUCCGCUGUUUCACUUGAUAAAUGCCGUCGUCACGUUCAGCAAUUGCAUGACAAUGGACAAUCCCGUAGCUCAAGUGACAAAAUUGGAGGAAAAUGAUCGCGUAACGGUUACAAUUGAGGACAGCAUAUUCGAGAUACCGUCGCAUUAUGCGCGCUCCGGACCGGAUUAUCGUCAAAUCAACUACGACGACGACGAUGAACUCAUGCAAAUCGCCAUUCAACAGAGUCUUUUAGAAACGGGCACGGAAACGGAAGAAGUUAACUUGUGGGAAGCCCUUCGCAGUCCCUCUAUUAGUCCCGGGGGAUAUGACGAUCAAUUACAGAGAGCAUUGGAAUUGUCGCUUGGCUACACGAACGGCACCAAUGGCGAAAAUAAUGGAAGUUAUUUCCCGAAUGGAGCACUUCCUGGCAACGAAGAUGACCUCACGCUUGCCCUCAGACAGAGUAUCGCCUUGAGCAAAGAGGAAGAAUCGCGUCGUGAACUGGAAUUGCGACGAGAGCAGGAAAUGAUCGAAGAAGCAAUUCGUCUCAGUUUACAAGAAAAGUAAAAAAUCAACUAAAAACAUUUCAAAAAAAAACAAGUAUUUAAGCGUAGAAAAUGUUAGAAGCGACGAAAAUUUGUACUGAAAAACUUUUUCUACCAUGAAUUAUUAUUGAGCUAUAUUUUUUAAUUUACUUAUUCAUUGCUAUGUUAUCACUAAAAAAACAAAAACAUGAGAAACUUAAAAUAUAACAAACUAAAUUAUGAC